CAGAAUCGUGGACACUUAAAAUUAAAAAAAAUGAGUUUGAAGAUGUUUGGAGAAGGAGUGGAAGAGGAAAAGCCGUUGCGAAAACUGAAAAGCCCGGGAUUUUUGAAGAGGAGAAUGUGACAAGUGAGGAUGAUUUAGCAUUAGUUCCCACGGCCACCCCCAAAUUCUUGUUUUUAUAAGAGAGGCAAAGUCACACUACACUUGUUUAUUGUAAUUAAGCAGCCAUGGACUCAUCAAUUUCCCUUUACUUCUUCUCCUUCUUUCUCCUCCAACUCACACUACUAUCUGCGACCAAGAAGACUUACAUAGUACACAUGAAACACCGCCACGAUUCCACCGUGCACCCCACGCACCGUGACUGGUACACUGCCACACUCGAUUCUUCUCCAGACUCUCUCCUCUAUGCCUACACCGCCGCUUACAACGGCUUCGCUGCCACUCUCGACCCUCAACAAGCCCACGCGCUUCGAGCUUCCCAUUCCGUCUUGGCCGUCUACGAAGACACGCGCUACACGCUUCACACCACUCGCACCCCCGAGUUCCUGGGCCUUCAGGCCCAUUCCGCCUUCUGGCAAGACCUCCACCAGGCCUCACACGACGUCGUCAUCGGUGUCCUCGACACUGGCGUCUGGCCCGAAUCGCAAAGCUUCGACGACUCUCAAAUGCCGCAAAUCCCCACGCGCUGGCGCGGUAACUGCGAGUCCGCACCUGACUUCGACCCUUCUCUCUGUAACAACAAACUCAUCGGAGCUCGCAGUUUCUCCAAGGGCUACCGCAUGGCCUCUAGUAACGCUAGAAAAACCAGAGACCCUGCUACCCCGCGUGACCUUGACGGCCACGGCACGCACACCGCCUCCACCGCCGCUGGCUCCGCCGUCGCCAACGCCACGCUCCUCGGCUACGCCACCGGCACUGCUCGCGGGAUGGCGCCACAGGCGCGCGUGGCGGCCUAUAAGGUCUGCUGGACCGGCGGCUGCUUCGCCUCCGACAUUCUCGCCGGAAUGGAUCAGGCAAUCCAGGACGGCGUCGAUGUCCUCUCGCUCUCCCUCGGAGGCUCCUCCUCCGUCCCUUACUACUUCGACACCAUCGCCAUCGGAGCCUUCGCGGCGUUGGAGAGAGGCAUCUUCGUCGCCUGCUCCGCGGGGAAUACCGGACCUCGCGGCGGUUCUGUCGCGAAUGUCGCUCCGUGGAUCAUGACCGUCGGAGCCGGCACUCUGGACCGUGAUUUUCCGGCGUACGCCACUCUCGGGAACGGAAAACGCUUCGCCGGAGUUUCGCUCUACAGUGGAGAAGGGAUGGGAGACGAACAGGUUGGUUUGGUUUAUUUCAGCGACCGGUCGAACUCGUCGGGCAGCAUUUGCAUGCCGGGUUCGCUCGACGCGGAGAGCGUGCGCGGGAAGGUGGUGAUUUGUGACAGGGGACUCAACUCGCGCGUGGAGAAGGGUGCGGUGGUGCGCGACGCCGGCGGGGUUGGGAUGAUACUCGCCAACACGGCGGCGAGCGGGGAGGGACUGGUGGCCGAUAGUCACUUGGUGGCCGCCGUGGCGGUGGGGGAAUCAGCGGGAGAUGAGAUCAGAGAGUACGCGUCGUUGGAUCCUAAUCCAACCGCUGUACUGAGCUUCGGUGGGACCGUGUUGAACGUGAGGCCCUCGCCAGUAGUAGCAGCGUUCAGCUCCCGAGGGCCGAAUGGAGUCACGGCCCAAAUACUAAAACCGGAUGUUAUUGGGCCUGGAGUGAACAUAUUAGCGGGAUGGUCGGGGGCGGUUGGCCCAUCAGGCACAGAAGACAGUCGCAAAACUAACUUUAACAUUAUGUCUGGUACUUCCAUGUCCUGUCCCCACAUAAGUGGUUUGGCUGCGUUGUUGAAAGCAGCACAUCCAGAUUGGAGUCCAAGUGCGAUCAAAUCAGCACUGAUGACAACGGCUUAUACCAAUGACAACACAGAGUCACCAAUUCGUGAUGCAAAGGGAGAAGAAACCAUCUCCACACCAUGGGCCUAUGGGGCCGGUCAUGUCAACCCACAAAAGGCCCUAUCUCCUGGGCUUGUUUAUGAAGCCUCCACCCAAGACUACAUUGCGUUUUUGUGCUCCUUGAACUACACGCUCGACCAUCUCAGACUUGUUGUGAAGGAUCCUGAUGCCAAUUGCUCAAAAAAAUUCGCUGACCCGGCCGAGCUCAACUAUCCAUCCUUCUCGCUUGUUUUCGGAAGCAACAAGCUUCUUCGAUACACGCGCACCUUGACCAACGUGGGGGAGCCGGGAUCUGUCUAUGAUCUGGUGCUCAGCGUGCCAUCCACGGUCCACGUCACCGUCAACCCUAGAAGGCUUCAGUUUCGACAACUAGGGGAAAGCCAAACCUACACGGUCACGUUUCUCUCUAAUAGGACUCUUAAUGAUUCCGUUACUUCUGAUUUUGGUACUAUUAUGUGGACCAAUCAACUACACCAAGUUAGGACCCCGCUUGCUUUUACAUGGACAUAUUUUUGACUUUGUUAUUCGUUGGAGUACACUAUAAUAUUUAAAGCCUAACGGUAAUAGUCUAUAGACUAGAGUGCAGAAAAAAAAAAAAAAAAAAGCUGCAUGACUUUAGUCUUCAGGCACCUUCCUGUUACCAUCAUAGUCAAGACUGAAAUUGUAUUAACAGAUUGUAAAAGCUAAUGCAACAUGACACUCGCGUCUCACGUUCCAUAAUGCUAUGUAUCAAGAGUGCUUACGACUAUUAUUAAUUUCAUAGUUUCAGAAUCCUCAAUCAGCGUUGAA